UUUAAAUACCCACCAAGCUCUGUUUCAGAAACUCCAGCUUUAAGAAAGGCACACAGAGGAAGGAGACCACGAGGAAGGAAGAAAACUGCCCUUGUGAGUCAAACACUAAGCUUCCUAGUUCUGCUGAAUACAGACUCUAGGAGGAAGACCUGCCCCAGAGGCCUGCACACAAUGCUGAGGACCACCUGGCUAUGCAUUCUCCUGGUAGCCUCUGUCAGUCGCCCCGUGUGGCUGCAGAAGCCUCAUAAACGCAAGACACAGCUCAAAGCAGCCGGCUGCUGUGAGGAGAUGAGGGAACUCAAGGCCCAGGUCGCCAACCUCAGCAGUCUGCUGGGUGAGCUGAGCAGGAAGCAGGAGAGCGACUGGGUCAGUGUGGUCAUGCAGGUGAUGGAGCUGGAGAGCAGCAGCAAGCGCAUGGAGUCUCGGCUCACCACUGCCGAGAGCAAGUACUCUGAGAUGAACAACCAGAUCGACAUCAUGCAGUUACAGGCUGCACAGACCGUCACACAGACCUCGGCAGAUGCCAUCUACGACUGUUCCUCCCUGUACCAGAAGAACUACCGAAUCUCUGGGGUGUACAAGCUUCCUCCAGAUGAGUUCCUGAGCAGCCCUGAGUUAGAGGUGUUCUGUGACAUGGAAACUUCAGGCGGAGGCUGGACCAUCAUCCAGAGGCGCAAGAGUGGCCUUGUCUCCUUCUACCAAGACUGGAAACAGUAUAAGCAAGGGUUUGGCAGCAUUCGAGGCGACUUCUGGCUAGGGAAUGAACAUAUCCACCGGCUUACCAGGCAGCCAACAAGGCUUCGUGUGGAGCUGGAGGACUGGGAGGGUAAUGUACGCUACGCAGAGUACAGCUACUUUGCGUUGGGCAAUGAACUGAACAGCUACCGCCUCUUCCUGGGGAACUACAGUGGCAACGUGGGGAAGGACGCUCUCCUCUAUCAUAACAAUACCGUCUUCAGCACCAAGGACAAGGACAACGACAACUGCUUGGACAAGUGUGCACAGCUCCGAAAAGGUGGCUACUGGUACAACUGCUGCACAGACUCCAACCUCAAUGGGGUGUACUACCGCCUGGGGGAGCACCGGAAGCACAUGGAUGGCAUCAGCUGGUAUGGCUGGCAUGGAGCCAACUAUUCCCUCAAACGGGUGGAGAUGAAGAUCCGUCCAGAAGCCUUCACGCCCUAG